AUGAAGCGCUUUAAAAAAGCCCUGACACAUAAAAUGUCCGGGUUUAACGGCUUUCGCUGACAGAAUAAAGAGAAGAAAAGGUGGCUGGCGUGACUGGCUGGCGCCCAUUGUGUGGAGGAUGUGAAGCGGCGCGAGAUGCCAUGGCAGCGGCGGAUGCAGCAGCAAACGGACCGGAGUCGCCCGGUCUCCCGGUACCCAAGGCGUUUCCCUACGAGGAAUACGAGUGCAAAAUCUGCUACAACUUUUUCGACCUCGACCGUAGGGCGCCCAAGAUCUUGGAGUGUCUGCACACGUUUUGCGAGGAGUGUCUGCACUCGCUGCAGUUGUGCGAGGAGCGGCCGUGGCGCAUCAGCUGCCCCGUGUGCCGCCACCGCACGCCCGUACCGGACUAUCGGAUCCAGAACCUGCCUAACAACACCAAGGUCACGGAAGAUUUCCCUCUGUACAUCGAUUCGGACCCUGUGCCUCAAGAUGCUCUGCCGCCCCACCGGCCACCAAUGCACCCGGCGCUCGUGGCGCUCAGGCGCGAGGAGGACGCGUCCGGGGCGUCCAUGGCUGGUCACGCGACGCCGUCCACCACUACCACGCUGUCCCAGGACUCGGUCUCGCGCUACGAGAGCUGCCAAAACUGUAGGCGGCUCGCGUUGACAACCGGAUGCGUGUGCGUCAUCUUCUCUUUACUGUCCAUGCUAGUGCUGCUCUUCAUGGGCCUCAUUUUCGUACACAGCCACGGCGGGCCGCCCUCGCCCACGGGACCCCUCUGUCUGUCGGUGGCAAGCAUCCUAGCCAUGGUGUCGGCGAUGGUAACGUGGCUCCUCUACUGGCUCAAAGACCGACCGGAGCACGAUACGGGCCGCUCCUCGGCCACCACUAAUGCGAGCCGGAGAAACGCGUGACAGAAGAUCAGAAUCGUAUGACAAGCCCUUUCAGCUAUUAUUUCUUAAUACCGGUUAGUUUCUUUUCAUGUUA